AUGAUCCACAAGUAUUUUUUAACUUGCCUCAUUGCUCUGUUGCCUAUUGUGAGCGCAACUCCAGCAUGGAAUACAGUAAAUGGUUAUGAUGUAAAUGGCAACCAAUGCCCUUUACCUACUUACAAUGCAUAUCCCUGUCCUGCACUUUGUGUCAGAGAUAUUUCCCAAUGUCCUGAAUCUGUGCGUCCUUCAUGCUCUGCUGGCCAGACAUAUUGUGUUGACGGUACCUGCCGUGAUUCUUGUCCAACUGGAAUUACUUCCAAAUGUUCCUGUCCUGGUGCUCCUUCUCUUGAAGGUGGUUUAAUCUACCAAUGUCUUGAUGCCGCUCGAGUCAAUAUUGAGAACUUUAACGCUUCCGACAAGACUGAACAAACUGAAGCUGCUUGCUCCAACUACCUUGGUCUCUCAAACAUUGAAAGCUGGAAUCCUAAUCCAGCAUCCGUCAUGUGGGGUUCUUGUCCUACUCCAGACUAUGGUGAAUUGACAUUUGCUGAACCUGUCUUUAUUGCCCUUUAUGUGUUCUAUGGCUCUUGUGUCUUCUUCCUUGUCGCUUGGACUUUGUAUAAAAAGCUUAGAGAGAAGGUGAUCAAAACUUAUUUCCAAAAAGUGAGUGAAACCAAGCACGAUGAUUACAACAAUGUGGAUGAAAAGAAAGAGGGUUUGGAUAGUCAAAGCAACCGUCGCUCUGAUUCCGAUGCUUCCUCUUAUAUAUCGGAUCAAGAAGAUAUGGUUAUCAAGGCUUACAAACGUGAUUAUUUUGGUUUGUUCGUUUGCGUCGUGUACUUUUUGCAAACGAUCGGGAUGUUUGCCUACAUGAUUUUAUUGGUUUAUGACUAUUAUCAAAACUACUUGUUUUUCCGUGGCUCUGCUGUUGUUCAGUCUAGUACUUUUAUUGCUAUGUGGUAUAUAUUUUUCAUCUGGCUUGCCUCGCUUACUAUCUUUAAAUCCCGUCUUCCCAACUUUUUCCGUAUUCAAUGCGCUUAUUAUCAAGGACAAUAUGUUCAAGUUGAACGCAAAGAACCCUCUAUUAUUUUCCUCGAAGAUGAUGAUAAGAUUAUGGCUUUUGUUCGUCGCCUUGAAUCCAUCGGUAAACGCAUGUUUGGCCUCGAUGUUGUUGUUGCUACUGCUCCUUUGCAAAAGACUGGUACUGGAACUAAGUAUUUUAUAUACCAAUGUACUCGUUAUGUCUAUCAUCCUGAAACACAAAUGUUCAAACCUCACCAAUUCAAUCUCGGUGAAACAAAUGCUGAAUUUGCUCAAUUGACAGAUGGUUUGACUUCUGAGGAAGCCUUGGAUCGUGAGGAACUUGUUGGCCCUAACUUUAUUGAGGUCUAUGUACCCAAUAUUGCUAUGGCCAUUCUUCGUGAGUUUUCUUCAUUCUUUUACAUCUAUCAACUCACUGCACUUUGGUUGUUCUAUUACUUUGCUUAUUGGCAAGUUGGUAUUGCCGACACUGCUGUCAUUCUUGUAUCUGCUAUGGUUAAAGUUUUUGUUCGUCUCAAAUCUGAGCAUCGUAUCAAGAAGAUGGCCGAAUUCACAGACAACAUUAACAUUUUGCGUGAUGGUCAAUGGAGAGAAGUUUCUACUUCUGACUUGGUUCCAGGUGAUGUAUUUGAGGUUGUGGAAGGAAAGACUGCUCCUUGUGAUGCUAUUGUUUUGACAGGUAACAUUGUUGCCGAUGAAAGUUCAUUGACUGGUGAACCCUUGCCUAUUCGUAAGUUCCCUGUUCGCAGCAAUGAUCCUACUCCUUAUGAUAGUAUGGGCUCUGGUAAAAUUCAUACUAUUUUCUCUGGUACUACGAUCUCUCAAGCACAACGUACUGAGCAUGACACUCCAGUUACUGCAUUGGUAUUAAAGACAGGUACUGCUACUGAUAAGGGUGAAUUGGUCAAGAAGAUCUUGUUUCCUACCCGUGUUUCAUUUAUUUUCGAUGAACAAAUCAAGAUUGUGAUUUUAAUCUUGCUUUGCUGUGGUUUGAUCAUGCUUGGUUUGGCUAUCUGGCUUUAUACCAGCGGUACCAGUGCUUGGUUUUAUGCUAUGUUCGCUAUCUGUCAAUUGGUUUCUCCUUUGCUUCCUGCUGGCCUUGUGGUUGGUCAGUCUGUUGCAGCUGGUCGUUUGCGUAAGAAGAACAUCUUUUGUGUUGACCUUCCUCGUAUUUUGAUGGCAGGCAAAGUUCAACUCUUCUGCUUUGAUAAGACUGGCACAUUGACGAAAGAGGGCCUUGAAUUCUUUGGUGCCAAGCCUAUUGCUAACAUUAAUUCCAUUGUUGAACAAAGAGCCAAACAAGUUGAACCUGAAUUUGAUGCCCAUAUCGAUGCUGUUGAAGACAUUCCUCGUUUAAUGCAAAUCGGUAUUGCCACUUGUCAUGCUGUUACAACAUUAAACGGCCAGUUUAUUGGUAACCCUGUUGAUAUUGAAAUGUUCCGCUCAUCUAAAUGGAAAUUACAUGAUGAGCCUGAAAAAGAAGAAUAUGUUGACACAUUGACUCCACCUAUGGAGAAGCCCGGUCAAAUAGGUGCACCUGUUCACGUAUUAAAGCGUUUCGAAUUUGUCCAUGCUAGAAUGUCCAUGUCUGUAGCUGUACUUGAUGCUCAUACCAACAAGGUUCAUAUCUUUGUCAAAGGUGCCUACGAAAAGAUCAAGGACCUAUGUAACCCUGAUUCAAUUCCUAAGGAUUACGACGCUGCUACUGCAGGUUUAGCUCGCCAAGGAUGUUAUGUACUUUCUUUAGCUCAUCGGGAAAUAGAUCUCGAACAAAUUGGUGGACUUGAAAGCUUCCGCAACUGGAGUCGUGAUCAAAUGGAAGAGAACAUUAACUUUUGUGGUUUGAUCAUCUUCAAAAAUCAAUUGAAAGAAGAUACGACUGAAAACAUUUUGGAAUUAAAGCGUGGCGAUACUCGUACUAUUAUGAUUACUGGUGAUACUGCCUUGACUGGUGUCUACAUUGCUAGACAGUGUAAAAUGGUGCAAGAUGGUGCUCGCGUCCUGCUUGGUGACUUUGAUAAGACCCUGAAUCGUCUUGUAUGGACAGACGUUGACGAACCUGAAACUUUCUCUGACGUUAAUGUUGACGAAGUUAUGCUAAAUCGAUUUCAUACAUCCUAUGAACUGGCUGUUACUGGUAAAGCAUUUGACUGGCUCUGUGAAAAUGAUUUGAUUCGAAAGUAUCUUUUAAACACCCGUGUGUUUGCUCGUAUGACUCCCUCAGGCAAGGUUCAAUGUGUGCAACUUCACAUGGAAUAUGGUAUUACUGCUAUGACUGGUGAUGGUGGUAAUGAUUGUGGUGCUCUUCGUGCUGCUCAUGUUGGUAUUGCUAUGUCUGAUGCAGAAGCCUCUAUUGUGUCUCCUUUCAGCACCAGUAACCGUAGUGUUCGUUCUUGCGUUGAAUUGAUUCGUCAAGGUCGUGGUGCUCUUGCUACCUCCAUUACUAAUUACAAGUACUUGGUAAUGUAUGGUCAAGUCAUGAUGAUGCUCAAAAUCUUUACUUUCUAUUUCUCUAUCACCAUGAGUCAAAACGUCUGGAUUGCUAUUGAUGUCCUUAUUACUGUCUUAUUGACUUGGGCUGUCUCUCAAUCUCAUGCCGCUAAGCGUCUUGAAGGUCAACGUCCUACUGCUCGUUUGCUUGGUCCUCAAACCCUUUCAUCUGCUAUGGGUAUUGUGGCUAUUAACUGGCUUUUCUUAAUUGGUGCCUUUGUUAUGCUGUUCAAGCAAGCAUGGUUCCGUUGUCAUGAAUUUGAUGCUUCUGCUGUUGAUAUUUCCAAGUGGUGGCUGUUGGCUGAUAACUACGAAGCAGAAGUCCUUGCCCUUGUCACUCUCUUCCAAUUCAUUAACAAUGCAGCUGCUUUCAAUUUCGGCUAUAAGUUCCGUAAGGCCUUCUGGAGAAAUUAUGCUCUUGUCUUUUUAUGGCUGCUUUAUAUUGCCAUUGUUUCUUACUGGACAUUAGCUGGUCCCAAUCGUUUUGGUUGCUUGUUUAGAUUCAACUGUGGUACAAAGGGAGUCUUGACACAACUUGGUUAUACUCCUCCACCUACUUACAUUGAGCCUUAUAAUACACCUCUUGGUCAUAACAUUAUGCCCGCUGAUUUCCGUUGGAAGCUUUGGGGCCUUUGUGUUGGAAAUAUGAUUGCUGCCCUUGCUUAUGAAAAGCUUGUAGUACUUGGCCCAGUCCAUUCUUAUCUCGCAAAGAGAUAUCCUGUUGAUAGAUUGAAAAAGACUUUAUAG